CCACAGCCCGGGGGUACCGGCAGCUACCGGGGGGGUCCGGGGGUACCGGGGGAACCGCCCAGAACCGCCAUGGACCGGGCCGCGGGCAGGAGGCACCGGAACGGCGAUUACGGAACGCCACAGAAGUAUGACCCCACUUUCAAAGGUCCCAUCUAUGACAGGGGCUGCACUGACAUCGUCUGCUGCGUGCUGCUGGUGGUGGCCAUCGUGGGCUACGUGGUGGUCGGCGUCGUGGCCUGGACCCACGGGGACCCCCGGAAGGUGAUCCACCCCACGGACAGCCGCGGGCAGUUCUGCGGGCAGCAGGGGACCCCCAACGAGAAAAAACCUUUCCUUUUUUACUUUGACAUCGUCAAGUGCGCGAGCCCGCUGGUGCUGCUGGAGUUCCAGUGCCCGACCACGCAGAUCUGCGUCAGCAAAUGUCCAGACCGGUACAUGACGUACCUGACGGCCUACGGGAGCCCCGCGUCGCUGGAAUAUUACCGGAAUUUCUGCACCCCCGAGUUCAAGAGCUCGCAGAAGGCUCCCCUCGAGGUGCUGAGGGACAAGGAGUGUCCGGCCAUGCUCAUUCCCAGCACCCCACUGGCGCGGAGAUGCUUCCCAGCCAUCCAGGCCAAGAAGGGCGUCAUCAUGGUGGGCAACGAGACCACCUACGACGACGGCCACGGGCGCCGCAGGAACGUCACCGAGCUGCUGGAAGGGGCCAAAAAAGCCAACGUGGUGCUGGAGACCCGGCAGCUGGCCAUGAAGAUCUUCGAGGAUUACACGGUGUCCUGGUACUGGAUCAUCAUAGGCCUCGUCAUUGCCAUGGUGGCCAGCCUCAUCUUCAUCGUCCUGCUGCGCUUCCUGGCCGGGAUCAUGGUGUGGGUGAUGAUCGUGAUGGUGAUCCUGGUGCUGGGAUACGGAAUCUUCCACUGUUACAUGGAAUAUGCCAAGUUAAAAGGGGAAGCGGGGUCGGAUGUGUCCCUGACUGACCUGGGCUUCCAGACCGACCUCCGUGUCUACCUCCACCUGCGGCAGACGUGGCUGGCGUUCCUGAUCAUCCUGUGCGUGCUGGAGCUGGUGAUCAUCCUGCUGCUCAUCUUCCUGCGCAAGAGGAUCCUCAUCGCCAUCGCGCUCAUCAAGGAGGCCAGCAGGGCCGUCGGUCACGUCAUGUCGUCGCUGCUGUUCCCCUUGUGCACCUUCUUCUUGUUGUGCCUCUGCAUCGCCUACUGGGCCAGUACGGCCGUCUUCCUGUCCACCUCCAACGAGGCCGUUUACAAGGUGUUCAACGAGUCCGCGUGCCCGUUCUCUGGGCACACCUGCCAGCCCGAGACCUUCAACACCAGCAACGUCACCAAGCUGUGCCCCGAUGCCCAGUGCCUCUUCGCGUUCUACGGCGGUGAGACCGCCUAUCACAAGUACCUCAUCGUGCUGCAGUUCUUCAACGUCUUCAUGUUCUUCUGGCUCGCCAACUUCGUCAUCGCGCUGGGCCAGGUGACGCUGGCAGGUGCCUUCGCCUCCUACUACUGGGCCUUCAAGAAGCCCGACGACAUGCCGGCCUUCCCGCUCUUCUCCGCCUUCGGCCGCGCGCUCCGGUACCACACCGGCUCGCUGGCCUUCGGCUCGCUGGUGCUGGCCAUCGUCCAGGUCAUCAGGGUCAUCCUGGAGUACCUGGACCACCGGCUGAAAGCUGCCGAGAACAAGUUUGCCAAGUUCCUCCUGGGCUGCCUCAAGUGCUGCUUCUGGUGCCUGGAAAAAUUCAUCAAGUUCCUCAACAGGAACGCCUAUAUCAUGAUCGCCAUCUACGGCACCAACUUCUGCACCUCGGCCCGGAACGCUUUCUUCCUGCUGAUGAGGAACAUCAUCAGGGUGGCUGUGUUAGAUAAAGUCACGGAUUUCCUCUUCUUCCUCGGGAAGCUCCUCAUCGUGGGAAGCGUGGGAAUCCUCGCCUUCUUCUUCUUCACCCAGCGGAUAAAGCUGGUCCAGGACACGGCGCCGCCGCUGAAUUACUACUGGGUCCCAAUUCUGACGGUGAUCGUGGGCUCCUACCUCAUUGCCCACGGGUUCUUCAGCGUGUACGGCAUGUGCGUGGACACCCUCUUCCUCUGCUUCUGUGAAGAUCUGGAGAGAAACGAUGGAUCUCCGGAGAGGCCUUACUACAUGUCCCCCGAGCUCAGCGAGAUCCUGCUGAAGGGGCACCUAGAACCUUCCAAAAGCACCGAUAGCCAAGGCUAGGGCCUGGCGCCGGGCGGAGGCCACGGGACCCUCCCGUCCCCCUGACCCCAGCAGCGACUCCCACGGUGCCACUGUGUCCCCUGGAAGUCCUUCGAGGGUGGCGGGUGCCGACCCUCAGCGCCCGAUGGUGUCCAAUCUACCUUCCUGCCCAAAAAUUCGUGUUCCUGCGUCGAGAGAACCCACCCGGAGUUGGUUGGGGGUCCCGGAAGCGCCCAGCGAGGAGCGCGGUGCCUGGAGAUCAUCGUGGUUUUGGGGCAGAGGUCUUUGCUCCUGAGGGAGGGCCGGCGUGGCUGGCACGAGGGAUCCGGCGUGGAGGGAUUGGUGGGAUGGGCCGAGUGGGUUCUGCCACCCCAAACUGGUCUCUGGGCGUUUCCUCUGUGUCUGCUUCAGCCAAGAGCAGUGAAACUUUCUUUUGCCCUUUCCUCACCCCUUUCUUUCUGAUUUUCUCACCCUUUUCCUCCCCCCCGUCUCUAUGCAAACCACAGAAUUUUUUGAAGGAUUUCGGGAGAGGUUGCAGAGCUUUGGCUUCACUUGUCCCUGUCCCCUGUCCCAGCCAUCACAGGAGCUGUCACCGGUGGCCUUUGGGACUUGGUGGCCGCUGGGACUUGGAGGGUUUCACUCCAGGCAUGGGGGGAGUCAGGAUUUCUCCUCCAGAAAGCCCAGAAAUGAUCAAGAUUUAAAAAAAACAGCUUUUGUGCCUCAGCCACAGCUCCCAGCCAGACCCUGCCAGGACAAAGCCCUGGUGUUGAUGCUCCCAUUUCCAUCCCAGAAGGAUCCAAGUCCCUCUCAAAACACCCCCUGGGCAUUGUGAGCCCCGAGCUUUGUGGCUUUGUUUGAUUUUGGGGUGUUGUUUUUCCACGGCUGGGAUUUUCCGACCUCACCGGCACGUCAGGAACGAGGGGAAUCGCUUUGCGUUGGCUCCAGAGCUGUUGGGAAGAGCUAAGGCGUCCCUCCUGCCCUUGGCUCUGUUCAACUUUCCCCCCCUGAGAAACAAAACACCCAAAUUCCCUCUUUCUUCCCAAUCCCUGCGGGCCAUUCCCAGGUUUGCUGUGUCAGAGAGAGAAAAACCCUGUUCGGCGAUGAGCCCGGGGACCCAGGGACUUUGGGACCCAGGGACUUUGGGACUUGUUUAACCUGGGAAUCGUGGGCAGAGCAUCCCAGGAGCCUCCAUCACGCCAACCCCAUGGCUGCCCCCGCCGCGGGGCCGGCGAUUUCUCUUUGCAGUGGAAGACCUGGAGCGCAACGACGGCUCGGCGGAAAAGCCUUACUUCAUGUCCCAGGACCUGAGGAAGCUGCUCAAGAAGACCAACAAAGGCCAGCCCGGCGCGUAGCGCCUGUCCCACGUGGAAUUCGCCUCUGUGGACCUUGGACCACCCCUGCCAGUGUGGGUGGAUGGGUAAAAUGCAGAUUUUUUUUUGAUGACUCGGCCUUAAAUCCUUGCGCUGGUAACGACGACGAGCUUGUCACCGCUAACGAGACGCAGGGCCCUGUGCCAGUGCCACUCCUGGGGCAAAAUCCCAAUUUCCUGGGGGGGUCAGCGACUCCAGAGCGAGUUUAGUUGUGUUUGAUCCCAUUUUGGUAAAACCUUCCCAGUCAGCUCGGGGGGAUCCACACGGAUCUGGGCGCGGAGGUGACGGAACGAGCCGGGAGGUUCAGGCAGCUCCUCGUGGGGUGUUUUCCUUCUGGCCCCCCCUAAAUAUUGAAUUAUGGUUGUGCAUUCCUGCCCGGAGAGCUGGGACGGGCUGGAAUCACUUCCCAUGCCUCGCUGCCCUUUGCUGACACCCCAGGGCCCUGAUUUGGGCCCUAAUUUAUUAAUUAUUUUAGGAAUAAGCUAAGUAGUGCUUUUGUAGCCACUGCAAGGGGUGAAGGUGGAGGGGAACGAGGGGGCCAUGAGCAGAAUUUGGGGCUUGAGGCUCUGUCCAGCUCUUGCACCUCUUGAGGACCUGCAGCUUCCACAGAUUCCUCCCCAAAAUGUGCAUCUGGUCCCCCAAAAUUGUCAUUUUAGGGUAAAUCUUUCCCCAGCUUCCCAAAGGCUUCACCUGCAUGAGGGGUUUUGGGACACCCCCGCUGGGGUAUGGGGAGGGGGUGUGGAUGGAGCCAGGGGGAUUUUGGUUUCAUUCCAGGUGAUUUUAGCAAAGCCAGUGGCAGCCAACACCUCAGCAGGAGGGGGAAAAAGGGAUUUUUUUUUGGGUGUGGAAGUCAGUUAACUCUAAAAUGUAACAGAAUUAACCCUCAGACCCGGCACAGCCACACAAGCAGAGCCACCACCAGCAACUGGGCUUUUUUGGGGCUCAUUUGUUUAAAAAAAAAAAAAAAAAAGAUUAAAGAAAUGCUCUGAGGCUUUGGGGGACAAUUCCCAGCUCCCAGAGGCUGGGGGGUCCCACCUUCCCCCCUCCAGUGCUCACCUGGCUCCAGGAAUUGGUGCUGAGGGAUCCCUUUGGCUUCUUUUUAUCCCAAUUCCCCUGCCACCUUUAGGUUUUGUAUUGUCCAGGGGACGUUUCUAUGGAAUUAUCCAAUCCUUUUGAGGGCUUUUGUAUAUUUUGCUUUUCCAGGAUGUUUUCAGUUACGGUUGUUUGGAGCUUUUCCAGUGAAUUUUUGGGGGCACGUUUUUAGUUUCUCUGACGCCGCCGGGCAGAGCUUCCCUAGCUGGAAUCAAACACUCUAAUUUCUCUUUUUAAAAUUCCCUAAAUUUUCCCUUUUUCCCCUCGGUUUUUAGUGCAGCUGAUCAGUGGACAGAGGAGUGGAAGGGAAAAACUGAAGCCAAAAAAAUGCAGGAAAAUGUAAAACUAGAAAGGUGAAGGGAAAGACAGAAAAACGAAGGGAAAGGUAAAAACAAAGCUAAAAAAGUAACAGUAAAGCUCAACAGAAAAGAUCAAAUUCAGCUAAAAAGAGGCAAAUCCUCCCUGUUUGGGAUAAGUGAGAAUAAUUCAGAGAAUAAUCACCAGACCUUGUUCCACUUCCAGCCAUCCCAGCACCUCCAGCACGUGUCCUGCAGCUCCUGAUGCUCUUUCUGGAUUAAUUCAGUUUUUUCCCUCCCUGUGCAGGUUUCAGGGUGGAUUUGGUUUUACUUCUGCCCAGAAUGUUCGUGUUGGGGGGCGAAUUCUCUCUCACUCCUCGAUUUUCAGCAGUUUUCCUCCUAAAUCCUGACCCUUUGGGUGUGGGAACCCUGUGGGAAGCGGCUGAGGAGUGGCAGGAACUGGGUUUAUUUGCUUAAAAAGGCAGAGAGCAGCAGGAAUUUGGAAGGCUGGAAGGAAAAGUAGUGAAGGAGAGAAAAGAAAUUUGGGAAAAUGUGUUCCUGGGGAAGCCGGGCUGGCUCGGCUGCCUCCCAGCUGCACAGGAUUUGAGGAGAACUAAGGAUUUUUAUUCCCAAUAAACCCAAGUGGCUUUUUUAGAGGUGACGGGGAAAUAUUCCUGUAAAUUAGGGGUUUUUUUUGGAAAACUCAGAGCGAGGGCAGCUGUCCGGGGGAAUUCGGUGUCCGGAAAAGCUUCACUUCAAGACUGGGUUCCUGCUUCCAGGCAAAGCUCCGUGUUCAAGGCAUUAAAUGGUGGAAUUUAGGAAUAACGGCGCUUUUUUCCCUCCCGUCUAGAAAUGUGGCUUCUGUCCCUAAAAACCUGAUUGUUCUGCGGGCAAAGAGAACAACCCCAAAUCCUAAAAAAAAAAUGUUAAACCCACAGGGCUGAUGUUUUACAGGAAAAGGCUCGUUUUUCAUGUGUUUUUGAGGCAUUAAGGGUGCUGUGACACUCCGGAGUCUCCGCGCGGUUCCGUCAGCGUCGCGACCGACAAUAAAAAAAAGUGCCUGUUUGGA